CACACACACGCUUCAUUCCAACAGUCUUUGAAUCAUCAUAAUCUUCAUUACUGAAGAAGAGGGGGGAGAACAGAUGAUGGCAUGUAAAGGAGUAUGAAUCAGUAAAAUUUAGAAAAUGGGUUCCAAGAAUAAGCCAGUUCCUGGCAACAGUGUUCCUCCUGCUGCUUCUCAAGAGAGAGAUGUCGCAGGUAUUCGUGCAAGACAUCAAGAGGAACUAGAAAACUUGACUUUAAUUACACAACCAUUCAAGACAAUUAAGCUUUUCAUUUUAGCUGUCAUACAGUAUCUCUGGCGAUCAGCAGCAUAUCUUUUAGCUCAUGCUGGCUGGUUUAUGCUUUUGAGUGCUUUGUUUUUGUUUGCUGGGAUAUUGCUUGUUACAAUUGAUGGUCCUCAUGAGAAGCAUGUUGAAGAAGUUCUUAAUUAUUUAAGGUUUGGAUUGUGGUGGGUGGCCCUUGGUGUUGCAUCUUCUAUUGGUCUUGGUUCAGGUUUGCACACUUUUGUUCUCUAUCUAGGCCCUCAUAUUGCAUUAUUCACAAUAAAAGCAGUGCAGUGUGGUAGAGUGGACGUUAAAAGUGCACCAUACGAUACAAUACAGUUAAAACGUGGACCUUCAUGGCUUGGCAAGGAUUGCUCCGAAUUUGGGCCACCAGUGUUUCUAUCUUUACGUGGUUCACGGGUUCCCCUUAGCAGUAUACUACUUCAGGUGCAGUUAGAGGCUAUUUUGUGGGGACUUGGGACUGCACUUGGAGAGCUUCCCCCUUACUUUAUCUCAAGGGCAGCUAGUAUUUCGGGUGGUAAAAUUGAUGCCAUGGAAGAAUUGGAUACCUCAACUGAAGAUAGAGGAAUGCUAGCAAGGCAGUUGAAUAUCUUGAAACGCUGGUUCCUCUCACAUGCUCAAUAUCUGAACUUCUUCACAAUUUUACUGCUCGCAUCUGUGCCAAAUCCUCUAUUUGAUCUUGCUGGCAUAAUGUGUGGGCAAUUCGGCAUACCUUUCUGGGAGUUUUUUCUUGCAACAUUGGUUGGAAAGGCUAUUAUCAAAACUCAUAUACAGACGGUGUUUAUUAUUUUGGUCUGUAAUAACCAACUCCUAGAUUGGAUGGAAAAUGAACUGAUUUGGGUGCUGAGCUUUGUACCUGGUUUUAAAUCAAUUCUACCUGAUGUGAUAUCCAAGCUUCAUGCCAUGAAAGACAAGUAUCUGGCCACCAAACCACCUGUUUCUUCAAAUAUCAAGGUCAACAAAUGGGACUUUUCAUUUGCUUCAAUUUGGAAUACUGUGGUGUGGUUCAUGCUAAUGAACUUCUUCAUUAAGAUUGUGAAUGCAACUGCUCAGAGGUACCUUAAGAAGGAGCAGGAGAAGCACAUAGCUGCUUUGAAGAACAAGUAAUCGGUUUCCGAGCAUUCAAGAUGAAUUGGAUGGACUAACUAGAUAAAUUUAACACAGAAAAAUUUGUCCGUUUGUUUUUCCUUAGGAGCCCCUCUCUCAUGGUUGAAAGUAAGAAGUCAUAGUGACAGUUUUUAACUAGUCAAAUGAAGCUGCUUCAGUAGUCUAGAACAAAAUUGCAGGAGUAUUUUUUGCCGUGCAAUAGGGAGGGAGAUGAGGGAGAAUUGUUGUGGGGGGAGAAUUUUUAGCCAUUGUUAGCAAUACAGGAAUCAGGUGACUCGAGACAAACACCAUUCUUUAGCAAUGAACAAUUACUCCUUUUUCUCUUCUUCA